GACAAGGGUACCGCUCAUUGCUUCUAAAUACCUCCUGUCUGACACUGCCUCACGAAUACUCUCCGCCGCGAUCACGAUACCGAUUGCAACCUCCAGUUCGAGCACACACCACCAGAAUGCCAGGUGUGGUGAAAGGGCCGUCGACCCUCUACGACAAGGUCUUCGCGGCACACAUUGUCGACGAGAAGCCAGAUGGCACCGUUCUCCUCUACAUCGACCGCCACCUCGUGCACGAAGUCACUUCCCCUCAAGCGUUCGAAGGCUUGAAGAAUGCUGGCCGAAAGGUCCGGAGACCCGACAACACCCUUGCAACUACCGAUCACAACGUUCCUACCACCUCACGAAAAGGCUUCAAGAACAUCAGUGAUUUUGUCAAGGAGGAUGACAGCAGAUUACAGUGCGAGACCCUCGAGCAGAACGUCAAGGACUUCAACCUGACGUACUUCGGUCUUGGUGAUAAGAGGCAAGGUAUUGUCCACGUUAUUGGACCAGAACAGGGCUUCACCCUUCCCGGUACCACAGUCGUCUGUGGUGACUCGCACACAAGUACACACGGCGCCUUUGGCGGUCUUGCCUUUGGUAUUGGUACCAGUGAGGUGGAGCAUGUAUUGGCCACACAAACCCUCAUGACGAAACGAAGCAAGAACAUGAAGAUCGAAGUGAACGGAGAGCUUGCCCCUGGAGUCAGCAGCAAGGACAUUGUGUUACACGUAAUUGGCAUCAUUGGCACAGCUGGAGGUACCGGGCACGUCAUGGAAUUCUGCGGUUCCGCCAUUCGCAGCUUGAGUAUGGAAGCCAGAAUGAGCAUGUGCAACAUGUCGAUCGAAGGUGGAGCACGUGCUGGUUUGGUCGCACCAGACGAGAUUACUUACGAAUAUAUCAAGGGCAAGCCAUUGGCGCCUAAAUACGAUUCCCCAGAGUGGAAGAAGGCCAUUAAAUACUGGGAGAACCUCAAGAGCGAUCCUGACGCCAAAUGGGACGCUGUGGUCACGAUUGAUGCCAAAGACAUCGCACCUACCGUGUCGUGGGGCACUUCACCGCAAGACGUGGUGCCAAUCACCGGCAAGGUCCCAGGCCCAGAUGACUUUGACGACAAGGACAAGAAGUCGGCCUGCGAGCGUGCUUUGAAGUACAUGGGUCUCACAGCUGGAACUCCCAUGACCGAUGUGGUCAUCGACAAAGUAUUCAUUGGAUCUUGCACAAACUCUCGUAUCGAGGACUUGCGAAUUGCAGCGCACAUUGUAAAGGGCAAGAAGGUUGCAUCGAACUUGAAGCGUGCCAUGAUCGUGCCUGGUUCCGGACUUGUCAAGCAAAGAGCUGAGUCAGAAGGAUUGGACAAGAUUUUCACCGACGCUGGUUUCGAGUGGCGCGAAGCAGGAUGCUCUAUGUGCUUGGGUAUGAACCCAGAUAUUCUCUCUCCUGGCGAACGCUGUGCCAGCACCAGCAACCGAAACUUCGAGGGCCGACAGGGUGCUGGCGGUCGCACACAUUUGAUGUCGCCAGCAAUGGCGGCUGCAGCAGCGCUUGCUGGCAAGCUUGCAGAUGUCAGGCAUCUCGAGGGCUACGAGCAGGCUCUUCCUCAAGCCAAGAUUGCACCUACAAACGUCGAGGCUCAUUCGGAGGAUCCAGAGUCAGACGUCGACCUUGACAAGAUCUUGGACCUGCCUCAAAACCAAGAUAUCACAGCAUCACCAAGUGACGUGCAAAAGUCUGCAUCAGGCUCGCCGGGUAUGCCACCAUUCAAGCAGCUCAAGGGUCUCGCAGCGCCUAUGGACCGCAGUAAUGUCGACACCGACGCCAUCAUCCCGAAACAAUUCUUGAAGACGAUCAAGCGCUCAGGUCUCUCCGCUGGUCUCUUCUAUGCAUUCCGAUUCAACGAGGACGGUUCAUUGAACAAGGAGUUUGUGCUCAACCAAGAGCCGUGGACAAAAGCCAAGACUCUCGUGGUCAGCGGUCCUAACUUCGGCUGCGGCUCUUCAAGAGAACACGCGCCUUGGGCUCUUCUCGACUUUGGCAUCAAGUGUAUCAUCGCCAGCUCAUUUGGUGACAUCUUCUUCAACAACUGCUUCAAGAACGGUAUGCUGCCAAUCAGGAUCACCGAUCAGAAGAUCUUGCAGAAGCUCUUCGAUGAGGCUAGCGCCGGGAAGGAAAUCGAGGUGGACCUUGAGAAUAAUGUAAUCAAGGAUGCUGAUGGAAAUGAGAUCACGAGCUUCGAGGUGGAGGAAUUCCGCCGACACUGUUUGCUCAACGGUCUCGAUGAUAUUGGUCUCACCAUGCAGGACAAUGACAAGAUCGCCAAGUUUGAGGCGCGACGGUCUGAGGAGACACCGUGGUUAGACGGUUCUGGCUAUCUUGCCAAGCACAGGACAGGGCCUGUAAAGGUCGAGGCAGCUCCUGUGCCCAAGACGAACCGCGGAGAGGAGAAGACCGAGCCUCUCGAGUGGUAGAAACGAAGAGUAGCCUUAUAUGGAGAGCGAAAACGAAAAUGCCACGAUCAAUGAUGAUGCUGUUCACACUCUUUCCAACCAUGCCUAAUGUGCCAAAUCUCUCACACCCAAUGCACCUACUUCGCCAACUCGGCAAAAUUCUUCUUCUCAUGCUCCAUAAUCGCCUCAACCUUCGCAGCACUCGCACUCGAAGGAUCAAAUUUAUACCCAAUCCACUCCUUCGCCAACCUCCUCGCCAACUCCAACCCAAUCACCCUCUCACCCAUACACAACACCUGCGCAUCAUUACUCAAAAUCGCCCUCUCCACACUAAAACUAUCAUGUGCCGUCACAGCUCUGAUGCCUGGGACUUUAUUCGCGCUGAUUGCGACUCCCAGUCCUGUACCGCAGAUGAGGAGAGCGCGAUCGGCUUUGCCGUCUUUGAUGAGUUUUGCGGCGUCGACGGCCGGGUGAGGGUAGGCGGUUUUAUCGGAGGUGGAGUUUACGCCUACGUCGAUGACUGAGGAGACGCGAGGGUCGGCUUCGAGGUCGGAUUUGAUUUUGUUUUUGUAGCUGCAGCCUGCUUCGUCGCAGCCCAUUGCUAUGCGGAGGCCUUGGCCUUGUUGGGAGGACAUGGUUGCUGUUGUGAUGCUGUUGUUAUGUCUAGGCGGUGGGUUUUAAAGUUGGCUGGUGUCGUAGUCUGCUGUCUUGUCCACGGGUUUACUAUUAUCUUUCUCUUCUGGAGAUGAUGAAGAUGAAGUGGAAGAAGACUGCAGCUUAUAAUCUUGUCGUCUCGGAACACCCAAACUCUUCCGUUCACUGUAGUAAUUCUCUGGAUCUUCCGGAUUGCCCAAUACAGUUCCCUUUUGCUUCCAGUGACUUGGCUCUUGCUUCUCCCACGUUCGUGCGGUGCCUGUUUUGUGGUUGACGAUGGUUUGGCGGAAAGAAGCUGACUGUACGCUGGUGCCCCAGCAGAUCUUUAUACGUUUCUUAGACUCCAUGGUCGGCGUCUGAAUGCGGGCCAACGAGAGCUUGUCGGUUGAAUUGACUGUCGGCGUCCAAGUUACUUGGUUGCGGGUGAUCUCAUGCCGCGUGCCCGCCACCUGGAGCAAGAGGGGAAAGGUGAGC